GUUAAAAGAGAAAACUCCCAUGUUAAACUACACAAAACGAUAUGAUCAAGUUUCUUGGCGAUCUGCUGAUACUGAUUUUGAAAUUGAUCCAGCUGCAUCUAGUGCUGACGAAAACCUAAAGAAGAAACGAGAAAAUUAUGGAUAAAAGGAAAGUAGCGUAUCAUAAGUUAAAAGAUGAAGAUAGUGACAGUGAGGUUGAUAUCUAUGAUGCGACAGCCACUCAACGAAAAAGCCAAACAAAUAUGAUAAAAAAAAUUGGAGUAGUUUCUAUGACUUUGUUUCUUCUUGCAGUAACAACAGCUGUAAUCGUCAUAUCAGUGCAUUCAAAAAGUGCGGCAUUAUAUGUUAAUAAUAAUCCUAUUGUUACUACUGACUGUGGUAGUGUAUCUGGCGUUGAAGAAAUUGAUGAAGGCAAGAAAAGUUUUAUAUUUAAGGGUAUACCAUAUGCUGUUCCACCAGUUGGGAAUUUACGAUGGACUCCACCUGUAAGAUUAAGUGAUGGAGAAAAAAAACAUUGCUGGAAAGGAGUUUACCCAGCACACAAGUUCCGCUCUAAAUGUGUUCAAGGUAUGGAAGGUUUUGAAGAUUGUCUCUAUUUAAAUGUUUACACACCUACUCUAAGUAAUACCUCUAAACUACCUGUUUUUGUAUGGAUCCAUGGAGGAUAUCUAUUAACAGGUUAUGGAAAUAUGUUUGGUUACUCGCCUUCAGGGGAGUUUAUUCAUGCCAUGGGCGUUGUUGCGGUUAGUAUGAAUUAUCGUUUGAAUGCCUUUGGUUUUCUUACCCUAAGGGAACUUUGGCAAAAAGAUAAGUGCUAUGGAAAUUACGGUUUUAUGGACCAAAUACUAGUGCUGAAAUGGGUCCAGAGUAAUAUCGCGAAUUUUGGGGGUGACCCUAACUCUGUUACGAUAUGUGGACAAAGUUCUGGUGGUACAUCUAUAUUUGGUUUGCUUGCUUCUCCAUUAGCUGAUGGAUUGUUUCAUAAAGCAAUACCAAUGAGUGGAUCUCCUAAGUUUGAGAAGUCUUAUAUCAACGCAUCUAAAGACAACAGCAAAUUUAUUAAAAAUGCACAUAAAUGUAGCAAUUUGUCCCAAGGAGAAAAGUUACGCAGUUGUUUAUAUCACAUGUCAGCCAAAGAAGUAACUUUAAGUAUUCCAUAUGAGACAUAUCCUAAUUGGGGCAUGGAUGAUUUGCUCGAUUUCCCAACAUACGGUCAUUUUGAUGGUGCUCUUGCUGUAGUCGAUCCUGUAGUUGUAGUGAAACCAAUUAAGGAAUUAUCUCAAAUCACUUUUAAAAACCAACAUAGAAUACCAGUUCUUAUCGGAAACACUGCCCAAGAAAUUGGCUUUCAACCUGUUAAGCAUUUUAAAGGACGUAAUGCAUGGACCAAAUUUCAUAACUUCUUGAAAGAACGUCUUGAUGAUUUUUCACCAAAUUUUAUAAAUCUGAUAUGGGGAAAACUGUAUAAGAAUAAAACUGAUGUAAAAUUCUCAAGUGCUCAAAUGGUUUAUGAAACUUUGGUUACUGAUGUACGGACCACAUGUCCCCUUAAUCAAUUAGCAGAAGAUUUCAGCAAAAGCACGCACCAUGAUAUUUAUAGAUAUGUUGUUGAACAUGCUCCGUAUAAACCUAUUAAGUUUGGAUUUAAUAAAAAUAUAUCAGCACAUGCAUUCCAUGUUUGGGAUGCUGCUGCACUGUUUAAUUUUAAGAUGGUGACUAAAACUGGCUACCAACCCCGCUCAACUGAUUUUGCAUUUAGAGAUACUAUUCGUAGAAGCUUUAAAAAUUUUAUUAAAAAUGGUAAGCUGGAUAAUUGGAGAGCAAAUCGAACUGGUGUUUUUAAGACUGAUGGUAAACUUUACAUACAGGGUGAUUACCAUGAAAAUAAGUGCAAGUUUUGGAAUAAUAAAACUAAUGGCUUUGUUCCUUAUGCAUGGAUAAACCAAUUUUAUUUAGAAGUUAUUGUAACUUAUCUAGCUAAUCAUCAUUAUCAUAUUCAACUCUUUAUCUGUGUUCGGCUGCAGAUGGUUUCUGAUUUGCUUAUUUACUGUUUAUUCUAUCCUAUUAUUGUCUUCUUUUUUUUUAGUAUGAAACGAAAUAAAUACGAUCCCCUUCCACAAUUUUCGGAAUCAGAUAGUGAUAUCGAUAUUUUUAACGCAAAAUCUUCCAUGAACUACACUGCUUCUCAUAAACAGAAAAGAUGGGGAAAGACGACUAAACUUGUGCUUGCUUUACUUGUGAUUAUCGCGUCUGUUAGUAGUAUUAUUGUAGCCAUAUCGCUUCAUACUCGGGUAAAGCUUAUGAACAACAAUCGUGAAGCUAGUGUGAUUGUGUACACAGAAUGUGGUCCAGUCUUGGGCUACAAAGAAAGUGCAAAGGUAGAACAUCAGUUUCUAACUACAUAUGUUUUUAAAGGUAUUCCUUAUGCAAAGCCACCUAUUGGUGAUUUGAGGUGGACACCACCUGUUCGAUUAAGUCUCGACAAGAAAAAUUGUUGGAAUGGCAUAUUUAAUGCAAGCACUUCUGGGAACAAGUGUGUACAAAGUGAUAAUGGAAAAAUUGUUGGAUCUGAGAAUUGCUUAUAUCUGAAUGUCCACACCCCUGCUGUCAAAGGAAAGCUGCCAGUAUUUGUGUGGAUAUUCGGUGGAUAUCUAACUAGUGGUUUCCCCAACGAUGUUGGUUAUUCACCUGAUAGUGAGUUUGUCGCCUCAAUGAAUGUUGUUUCUGUCAGUAUGAAUUAUCGUUUGAACGCUUUUGGAUUUUUGACUCUCAGGGAGUUAAGAAGAAAUGGAACAGAUGGUAAUUAUGGUUUUAUGGAUCAAAUACUGGCAUUGAAAUGGGUCCAAAGUAACAUCAAAAACUUUGGAGGUGACCCUAACUCUGUUACAAUUUGUGGACAAAGUUCUGGUGGUACAUCUAUCUUUGGUUUGCUUGCUUCUCCAUUAGCUGAUGGAUUGUUUCAUAAAGCAAUAUCAAUGAGUGGAUCUCCUAAGUUUGAGAAGUCUUAUGUAGAUGCGGAAAGAGAUAAUCGUGUUUUUAUCAACAAGACAAAAUGUAUAACGUUUAUCACUGCAGAUGAAAUUCGUUCUUGCUUGUAUAAUUUAACUUCAAAGGAAGUGUUUUUAUCCAUUCCGCAAAAUACAUAUCCCAACUGGGGAAUGUUAAAUCUGUAUGAUUUUCCAACGAAGGGUUAUCUUAAUGGCGCUUUAGCUGUUGUUGAUGGUAAUGUUGUUGUCAAGCCACCUAAGGAGCUGGCCAAUGUAACUUUCAAAAGUAAAAAAAAGGUUGCGGUCUUAGUAGGAAGCACUGCUCAAGAAAUCGCAUAUGAACCUGCUCAUACUUUCGAAGGCGUUGAUUCUUGGAACAAAUUUCGUAGCUUUCUUAAAAAUCGUCUGGAUAAUUUUACAACAAACUUUGUCGACAAAAUAUGGGGGAAUUUGUAUAAGAACCAGACUUAUAGAAAUGGGACGCUGAAAACAGCGCAGUACUUAUACGAAACUAUUUCUGCUGAUGUUAGAGUAACGUGUCCCACGAACAAGCUAGUUCAUGAUUUUCAAAAAAGUGUUCAUCACACUGUUUAUAGAUAUAUUGUGACUCAUUCUCCUUACGAACCAAUCAGAUACGAUGGUCUGUCGUGGUUUAAUGCGUUUCACGCUUGGGAUAGUCAUGCGUUAUUUGGAUUAAGAAAGGAAGUUCAAGCUGGUUACAAACCUAACUCAGAAGAUAAGAAAUUCAUGAAAUCGAUUCGAACUACUGUUUUACAAUUCAUGAAAGAAGGCUCAAUAAAUUGGACGUCCACGCAAACGGGUGUAUUCAAUCAAGAUGGCGGUAUCGAUGUUUUGAAAGGAGAUUACCAUGAGAAGCAGUGUGAAUUUUGGAAUACUGUUGCGAACGGUUUUGUUCCGUAUGCUUGGAUUAACUAAAAUUAUACACGUUACUGGUCCUACAUAAUUAUAGAAGCUUUUCUAGCGAAAUUAUUUAUUGCAAGAGAUUACCAUAAAGUUAGGAGAAUAAAAAGAUAGAUCCUCGUAGCUUAAAAGGAGAGGGAUAAUUUUUAAGUAGGUUUUGCUGAUUUAGGCUCUCUUUACAACAAAAAAUCUGCUCGAAUUGGCGAAACAGUCACUAUCCUUGGAUUUUCGAGAGAAAAAUCUACAAAUUUACUUUUUGCAAAAAGAAAUUUAUUUCACUUUUUCAUUUUUCAUAGUGUGGGUAAGUUGAAAGUGUUUCGGAAUAACACCAUAUUCUUUUAUUGCACUCACCCUUUUUUAAUAACAAACAUAUAUUUUGGGUUUGAUCUAGAUUUUUUUAACUUUAAGGUAGAUUUUCUGAUAGAGUCAAAGCCCUGUUUUAUAACUUUUAUAUACUUUUCAGCAAUAUAUUCUUAUAUUUAAAAAACAUUGUGUGGUUGUUCUAAAAAAACCGUUAAUGCUGUUACUUAGAACGAAAAACUAUUUUUUAGAUAUAUUAUUUAAUUAUUUAACAUGAGAUACCUCAUAUUUAUAUUUUUGUUGGAUUAUAAGUUUAAAUGAAAUACCACUGUCAGAAUUUUUAUACUUUUGAUUGACACUGCUUGAUGAGACGAAUUUCCAUUCAAAAAUAGAAUAAAACAAAUGAUAUCAGGCAAUUGCGAUUUCUGAAAUCUGAUUGGUUGACAAAGAUUUUUUGUUCCAAUCCAUAGUGAAAUUGGAAAUAAUUUUAAACUUUUUUAAUACAGGAAAGUAGAAAUUAUUGAAAACAAAAAUAAAUUAAGAUGGCCAAAGUAUUUUUAUUUGUUCCGUUCCGUCCCUUUUUUGACUUCUUUUGUUCUUGAGUGGAAAUUCCAGCAAUAUCUAUGUGUAUUUUUUAAUAACUUGUGUUGAGAUAAAUAUUUUGUGAUGCACUUAACUGUCACAGAUGAUUUUUUCACAUCCUCCCACUUCAAAAGAACAUUCUAUUUUAACCCUAUUUAAGUUGGGGAAUAGGGGAGAAGGGUGCUACUCUUAGGUUCUAGCAGUAAUUCAGAAGCAGCAGAGUUGAACUUUUUCGGUGGAACCAAAAUUUUUCUUCUGGGGCUAUAUAAAAAUGGCGAUUUGUUUUUGCAAAAUGUAUGAGUUAGUAUAUCGUGGGCAGUAUAUUCUACAAUUAGACUGGUAGCAUAUUCUUCGUCCGUCAGUUUGUGUGGUAUUCAAAUCUAUUUUUUAUUCUUUUCUUUUUGCCAUUUAACCUUCCUUCCUAUCCGAAAUUUUCCUUUAAAAAUCUCUUACAUUUUCACCCGUAUGUUAUGUUUCGGUACGCUUAAAAUACUAUCAAAGCAUCUCCAUUUCGCCCCUUGGUGUUAGAAAUAGUCUUGGGGUU